ACCGCAGAGGGGCCAGGGACACCGAGGGCACAGGAGAGCUGCGUGGAGAAGCUGCGUCAGACCGGGGGUCCCAGAGGCGACACGUCUGCCUGGCUGCUCCCGUCCAUUCAGCCCAAGACAUGUGAAGCUGGAGAUAGAGCCCCGACAUGCAGUACCGCCUGCCCCCGCCGCUCCCCUGGAUGUCCUGGUGCCUCCUACCCCUGCUUCUACUUCCCUGGUCAGGAGCCACGUGCCCCGAGGGAUGUGAGUGCGCAGACGGUACCGGCUACAAGAUCACGUGUAAAGACCUUCAUGUUAUACCAGAGCUGCCGCCGCACACGGAAACACUGAGGCUGAUGGAGACUUACCUCAAGACGAUACCCCCCGGAGCGUUCUCCUACCUGCCCAACAUAUCCAGGAUUUAUAUUUCUUUGGACACAGAGCUGCAGAGACUGGAAGCCGGCUCCUUCCGGGGACUCAGGAGUGUCACCCAAAUAGAAAUCCGGAAUGUCAUGAAUUUAAUGUAUAUCGACCCCGAUGCUUUCGAGGACCUCCCUUUACUGAAAUACCUAGGAAUUUUAAACACCGGGCUCUCCGUUUUUCCAGAUUUAACCAAGAUCCGCUCCAGUGAUAACGUGUUUGUGGAGAUCAUCGAUAACCCUCACAUCACCUCCAUACCAGCCAAUGCCUUUGUAGGGCUGGGGCAGGGAUUCCUCACCCUUAAACUCUUUAACAACGGAAUCACCCGGCUGGAGGGACGCGCGUUCAACGGCACCAAACUAGAUGAAGUAGACCUCCACAAUAACAACCUCCUGGACGGGCUUCGAGAAGACGUGUUCAUGGGGGUCCUGAGUGGACCCAACAUGCUAGACGUGUCCCAGACCGCGAUCACGUCCCUCCCCGCCAAGGGCCUGGAGAGCCUCAAGCACCUGGUGGCUAAGAAUGCCUGGUCCUUAAAGAAACUGCCCCCCAUCAAGACGUUUGUGCAGCUGACGAUGGCCAAUCUGUCCUACCCCAGCCACUGCUGCGCCUUCACAAACUGGACCAAGAAGAAGAGCUACCUGGAAUCCAUCAUCUGCAACCAGAGCAGCCUCCAUGGCCUGUACCGGAAGCGCUCGCUGAGCCCCUUCGUAGGACCCUACUACCAAGACUACAUGGACGGCGACUCCGACCAGACGGAAAACGCCAAGAUGAACGACUUCCACAACCACCACUACUCGGUCUUUUUUGAGGACCAAGGAGAAGACGACAUCGGCUUCGGGCAGGAGAUCAAACAUGCGCAGGGGGAGACCAUCCCAGCUUUCGAGAAUCACUACGACUACAUCAUCUGCGGAGUCAGCGAGGACCUGGUGUGCAGCCCGAAGCCGGACGAGUUCAACCCCUGCGAGGACAUCAUGGGAUACAACUUCUUGCGCGUCGUGGUCUGGUUCGUCAACCUCCUGGCCAUUUUGGGCAACACGUUUGUCCUGUUCGUCCUGGUCACCAGUCAUUACAAGCUGACCGUCCCGCGCUUUCUCAUGUGUAACCUGGCCUUCGCCGACUUCUGCAUGGGCAUCUACCUGCUGCUCAUCGCCUCCGUAGACCUGCACACGCGAUCCGAGUAUUAUAACCAUGCGAUAAACUGGCAGACGGGACCGGGGUGUAACGUGGCCGGAUUCUUCACCGUGUUUGCCAGCGAGCUGUCGGUGUACACCCUAACCAUGAUCACGCUGGAGCGCUGGUACGCCAUAACGUUCGCCAUGCGCCUGGACCGGAAAAUGCGCCUGAGGCACGCGGCCUUCAUCAUGUUGGUUGGCUGGGGCCUGAGCUUCUUCCUCGCUCUUCUGCCCCUGAUCGGGGUAAGUAGUUACAGCAAAGUCAGCAUCUGUUUGCCGAUGGACACGGAGUCGGCCCUCUCCCAGACCUACAUAGUCUUCGUACUGAUGCUGAACAUCGUGGCCUUCGUCGUCAUCUGCGCAUGCUACGUCAAAAUCUACAUCACCGUCCGCAACCCGCAGUACCAGUCUGGGGACAAAGACACCAAAAUCGCCAAGCGCAUGACCGUCCUCAUCUUCACGGACUUCAUCUGCAUGGCCCCGAUCUCUUUCUACGCCUUGUCCGCCAUCAUAAACAAGCCGCUGAUCACCGUCUCCAACUCCAAGAUACUGCUGGUGCUCUUCUACCCGUUCAACUCCUGCGCCAACCCGUUCCUCUACGCCAUUCUCACCAAGGCCUUCCGCAGAGACGUCUUCAUCCUUCUCAGCAAGUUCGGCAUCUGCGAGCACCAGGCGCAGUUUUACCGCGGACAGACCGUGUCGGCCAAGAACAGCAUCGGCUCGUACGCUCACCGGGGGAGCGGAGCCACCGGCCAGACCGUGGCGAGCAUCCCCGACAUCGCCAAGCAGGAGCAGCCCGUAGGGGCCACGCAAAGCACUCUGCUCCUGGAAGACUAUAGACUCACCGCGCUGUAGCAAGACGUCUGCCCGACAGCGGCUCGCGUUACCGCCGUGAUCGGGGGGCACGGUGGGCUUCCUGGGCUAGUUGGCGUUUGUCAAACAAGUCUAGUCAGAGCAUUAGGUAGUCAUGGACUGGGGUAUCGGGAUUCCGGCGGUCCUUGGCCGCUCGUGUUUAGAUGUUUAGAACUUUAACGACUGAACGGUUCCUCGUUUUGUGUUUUCAUUUCUUUGGGUUUUUUCCGUCUUACGUUUAUUAAAAGAUCCUCAGGUUCCCGCGAUGAGGAUCGGUACGCGAGACCCCUGUUACUUCUCGUGAAUAAAGGAGGAUCAAACUGUUACAAAAACACCGAGCGAGCGC